AUGAAGUUAAAACUUCCCAAUCCAGGCCUGGAGGACAGGAUAUUGUCCCAUCAAAUGCUGGACAAGCUGGAGGAAGAGGAGGCCGGAGACAGACCAAAGUGGGAUAACAAGGCCCAGUACAUGCUGACAUGUGUGGGGUUCUGCGUGGGACUAGGAAAUGUUUGGCGUUUCCCCUAUCUGUGCCAGAGUCAUGGAGGAGGCAAGUAAUGCAGCAUGAUUAAUUGGAUUUAUUUGGGUUGAAAUUAUGAGUUAUCAUUGUUCAAUUAUUCUACAUCUCUUUUAAUUGUCUUAGCACAGGAAAACUUAGUUCUUAAAUCAUCUGCUGUUCUCAUUGAAAGAGCACAAAAUCAAAGAAAGAAAGAAAGAAAGCAAGAAAAAGAAAAAACAAGAAAAAUCAUGACCAUUUUUCAAAACUAGCUUGACUCAAGUAUUCUAGAGGAAAGUUACUUUAAAACAUACUAAACCUUUUUACUGAAUUGUCAGUUGAGCUGUUGUCUCUCUGUUGGAUCAGUGUGCAUGUUGGUGAAGUCGACACUGACUAGACAACCUUCUCAAAUGAAGGAAUUAAUAAUCAAAAUAAAAGAGACAGACAAAUUCACUUUGCCAUUGACCACUUUAUCCCAAUUGGAUGUGUUUAAUUUUAUGUAAAUAAUGUGAUUUUGAAAAAAAGCAGCUUACAUUAUAAUCAGCUUUGGAAGCUAAAAAUAGCUUACGACUGUUCGCCUGUGAUAAGAAGUUUUACAUCAUCCUGGAUAAAGAAAAUUCUCGUGAAGCGCAGUGCAAAGGUGUAAAUGGUUGAUAUAUUGCACAAUUAAAAUGAGUGUGUUUACCAUGUCUACAUAUGCUCAUGUAAACCCUGUAUGAUUAACACUGAAAGAUUGGAGUGUAUCAGUUGAACAUCUCCUUAGAAGAUGCAAGGUUGCCUUUAGAUUUUAUGGGGGAAUAAACAAAUUUUUAUUGUUGCUAUGAAACCAUAAACCAUUACUUUCUUUAUCUUCUAGGUGCGUUUAUGAUACCAUUUCUAAUCCUGCUCGUCCUUGAAGGCAUCCCACUUUUACAUCUUGAAUUUGCCAUUGGUCAACGUUUAAGGAGAGGCAGUUUGGGGGUGUGGGCUUCAAUUCAUCCCUGUUUGACAGGCAUUGGUAAGAAAACGUUAUGAUAAUAAUUUGUUUCAAUGUCUUACAGUAAAAACAUCUUAAGGAACUCUUUAAAUAUUUCACAGGCAUUGCAUCCAUGUGUGUAUCCCUGACAAUCAGCCUCUACUACAACACCAUUAUAGCCUGGAUUUUGUGGUACUUCUUUAACUCGUUUCAAGAUCCUCUGCCUUUUAGUCAAUGUCCCAUGAAUGCAACAGGUAAUCAAACAUCUGGUGAAGUCCUUAUGCUAAAUGUAAUCACGAGUUUACAAAAUCUUGAUUUGGUCAAGUGAUAUCUAUUUUUCAUUGGUUCUUCCAGGCAUUAUUUCAGAGUGUGAGAAAAGUUCCCCUGUGGAUUAUUUCUGGUACAGGGAAACCCUGAACACAACUCCAAAUAUUGAAGAUGAUGGUGGUUUACAGUGGUGGAUGCUGAUUUGUCAUAUUUGUGCCUGGUCUGUGCUCUAUGUCUGCAUCAUUCGUGGUAUUGAGACCACAGGCAAGGUAUGCCAUAUUGCAUGUAUCUACAGAACCAGGGAAGGUAUUAAUGCAAUUGAACAAUAUUUAAAUAAAUGCUUUACUUCCCCCAAGGCUGUAUAUGUGACUUCAACCCUUCCUUACGUGGUGCUGACAAUAUUUCUGAUCAGAGGAUUGACCCUAAAGGGCUCUCUAAAUGGAGUGAAAUUUCUCUUCACACCAGAUGUGAGUUGCACUUUUUAAAUUUGUUUAAGAAAACAAACUUAUUUUCCUGCACAUACAAAAAUCUGAAUGCAUUAAAUACAUAACUGUUUUAUUUUAAUGCUCCAACUUCUCCAUUCAGCCUGUUUGAAGCACUAACCAUCUGAUUUUUGAUCAUCAACUUUAUGUUUUAACAGUUAGCAGAGCUUGCAAAGCCAACAACAUGGCUCGAUGCUGGUGCUCAAGUUUUCUACUCUUUCUCACUGGCUUUCGGUGGUCUGAUUUCCUUCUCCAGCUACAACUCAGUGCAGUGAGUUUUUUCAUUUUAGUUUUAACCUGCAACAUAAAAGAUAUUGGAGGAAUUUUGUGCUGUACACUUAAAAAAAAAUGCUCCUUUCAGUAACAACUGUGAACAGGAUGCAGUGAUCAUCUCCGUCAUCAAUGGAAUCACCUCUGUCUUUGCUGCCACUGUCAUUUACACCAUUAUUGGCUUCAGGGCAACAGAGAGGUUUGACAACUGUCUCUCUGGGUAUGCUGAGCAAUUUUCUAUCAAAUAAGACAAUUAAAAAACACUUAUGUAUUUCUGUUCCCCAGCAAUGCAUAAGAUAUGAAAGGUUUUUCAACCUAACAAAUUGUGUUUCAGAAACAUCCUAACAUUACUAAAUGCAUUUGACCUUGCUGAGGGCUCCAUCACUGACAGCAACUAUGAUCAGGUCUUUGAACAUCUCAAUGGAACAUCUCCUGGUGUUAUACAAGGGCUGGAUCUACAGCAGUGCAACUUAGAUACUUUCCUCAGUGAGGUAAGAUUUCUGCAGGACUCUCUAGGACUACUUAUGGACCUGCACAGCAGUGUCUAGUUAAAAGGGAAAUCAAACAUUUUCAAAUGAUCCCUGCCAUGCCUUGCUGUGUUGGUUCUAGGGAGUUGAAGGAACAGGUUUGGCCUUCAUUGUGUUCACCGAGGCCAUCACCAAGAUGCCUGUCUCGCCUGUGUGGGCUGUCCUGUUCUUCAUAAUGCUCUUCUGUCUGGGCUUGUCUUCUAUGUUUGGGAACAUUGAGGGAGUUUUAGUGCCACUGCAAGACCUCAAAAUUUUUCCCAAGUCAUGGCCAAAGGAGGCUGUUACUGGUCAGUCCCACAUCUACUUUCCCUUUUAACUUAUUUUAACUAACUAAUCUGAAUAAAAGGCCUUAAGGUUAUCUAAUGAAUUUAUUGCUCUGUUUCAGGUAUAACAUGUGUGCUCUGCUGUCUGGUGGGUUUGAUAUUUGUCCAAGGAUCUGGGAACUAUUGGCUUUCACUCUUUGACACCUAUGGGGGAUCUAUUCCUCUGCUCGUUGUUGCCUUCUGUGAAAUGGUGUCAGUAGUCUACAUAUAUGGAAUAGACAGGUAAUAUUGGAUUACUUCUUAAUUUAUAAUCUAUUUUAUAACUUUAUAGUUUUCUCUUUUUCAUCCUUAAUGUCUUCAAUGUGAUGUUUAAUGAUUAAAACUAUGCUGUUUAAUGUUUAAAACUGUGCAGAGUGAGGGGGAUUUUACAGCUUUAUACUCAUAACAGAUGCUUAUUUAAGUGUAUUGUGCUAAAAAAAGCACUUGAUCCAAGCCUGAGCCAGAGUGUCCUACAACCACUUUUUUUUCACAAUUGUUUGCUCUUGAGUUGUUUAUCUACACUCAUGUCAAUGUCCUUGCAGGUUCAACGACGAUAUCAAGUUCAUGAUUGGACACAAACCCAACUUCUUCUGGCAGGCAUCAUGGAGGGUCAUCAGCCCACUCAUAAUGCUCUUCAUCUUGGUCUUUUACUUCAUCACUAAAGUUACAGAGGAGAUUUUUUACAAAGCCUGGGACCCUGAAUCGGUAAAUAUAAAUUCAUUUAAAAUGCAUUUUUAAUAUUGAUUUUUUAUGUUGAUCUUUAAAAUAGGUUCCAAGUACCAUCAAAAACCAGUAUUAUUAUUUUUUUCUUCUAUUUGUAGGAGGAAUUCCCAACAUUGGUGGAAAAACCAUACCCAGUCUGGAUCUAUGUGAUCAUCUUCAUACUGGCAGGAAUACCCAGCCUCGCUGUACCUUUAGUUGCCGUCUGGAAAUGUUUCCAAUCAAAGAGGAAGGAUAAAUCACAUCUCUCUGACAAAGUUCAGAUGUACGAUGAGAUCAUGAAAUCUCCAGCCUAA